CCACUCAUUAUGGCCAUACAGGUAUUGUGCUAACUUUCGACAUGCUGGAAGGUAUCAAUGGAAGUAGUGGGAGCCUUUUCGGCGCACCAGAAGCCGCCCUUUUCAAUAGCAGUCGGGUCCCUGCCGUCCCCCGAAACCCCGCUUCUUCGCGAGACCGGGCGGCACCAUCCAAGACCUCAACAGUGGCAGGUGGGUGCCCUCGAGUUUCUGCUCAGGGGGUCGGCCGGGGCGUGGCAUCGACGCCGACUUCCUCGCCAGCCGUUCCCGACAUGAGCGAUUACCCCCUUUUCUUCUGCUCCUGGCCCAUCCCGUCCGUGUCAUCCGCGCCCAUCCGCACCGACAGGGCUUAACGAAAAAGCCAGGAUACGACUUCGCGCCACCAGCGCACAGAACGGACAUCGCCAGCGGGGG